AUGCCGUUGAUUCGCAUCGAAGUAUGCGACUUCAAGUCAUACAGGGGCCAUCAAACCAUCGGACCAUUUCGCAACUUUACCUCAGUUAUCGGGCCCAAUGGAGCCGGGAAAUCCAACCUUAUGGACGCCAUCUCAUUUGUACUGGGCGUUAAGAGCGCCCAGCUGCGGAGCAGUCAGCUAAAGGACUUGGUGUACCGCGGGAGGAGGCUGGCUCGCGGCGGUGUGGACGGUCAGGAUGCGUCCUACAUCAGCCAAAGCGGUCAGGACGAAGAAGGGGACGAGGAAGGAGAGGGCGAAGGCACCGCAAAGACCGCCUGGGUCCUCGCUGUCUUCGAGGACUCUGCGAAGAAGGAAUGGCGGUUUCAGCGAACGAUAUCCACGACCGGUGCCUCUGAAUACAAACUAAAUGGCAAAGUCGUGACCUACGCCGCCUACAACGCCGCGCUGCAGUCGCACAACAUCCUCGUCAAGGCGAAGAACUUCCUCGUCUUCCAGGGCGACGUCGAGGCCGUCGCGUCGCAGUCGCCUAAGGAGCUUACGCGGCUGAUAGAGCAGAUCAGCGGAUCGCUCGAGCUCGCGGGCGAGUACGAGAAAGCGAAGGAGGCGCAGGAGCGUGCAACGGAGAACGCCACGUUCAACUUUACCAAGCGCCGCGGCAUCGCGGGUGAGAUCAAGCAGUACAAGGAGCAGAAGUCCGAGGCAGACCGUUUCGAGGCGAUGUGCCAGGAGCGAGAUCAACUCUUGCUGCACCGUAUACUGUGGAGGCUGUUCCACAUAGAGGAAGGCUUGGAGCAACACGCUCGGGAGAUCAACGCGCAGAGCCGUACUCUCGAGGGACUGCGGGAGGAACAACGAGAACACGACGAAGAGCUCGACGCUGCCCGGGCGGAGCAGGCGAAGGCCAGAUCCAACGUCAUGCAGAAAGAGAAGAGGAUCAAGAAGGCGGAGAAGGGGCUCGAGGCUAAAAAACCGGACCUCGUGGCUGUUGAGGGCCAGAUUGCGCAUUCCGCAAGGAAACUGAGGAACGCGCAGAAUAUCCGAGAACAGGUCGCGAAGGAAGAGCAUAAGCAGCAGGAGAAGCUCACCCAGCUGCAGAAGGAAUUGGCUGAAGUGAGGAAAUUGGCUGAUGCUGCGCAAGAGGCGCAGAGAAGAGCUUCGCAGAACAACUUCUCGUUGAGUAAGGAAAGUCUCCAAGAAUACAAUCGGCUGAAAGCCGAAGCAAGCAUUCUGGCCGUGGACGAACGGCAGGCUUUGGAUACAUUGGGCCGGGAACUCAAGACCGUAAAGCGGACACUGGCUCAGGUGAAGGACAAGUACGAACAGCUAGAGCAGAAGAAAGAGAAAUUGACCGAGGAGUCAAAGUCGCAAAAUUCCAAGAAGUCGGAGCUGGAAGAAAGAAUUUCGUCGCUGCAGAGCGACUUGUCCGCUGCCAAGCAGGAGCUGGACAACCAGCAGUCAGAGCGGACGAGGAUCAGUCAACUAGAGACAGAACUUAACGAGAAGCUCGCAGAAGUAUAUCAGAAGAUUCUGCAGGCGGGGAUGGACCAGCGUGAGUCCGAGCGGGAGAUGAAGCUGAAGGAAGUUCUUACUGGUUUGCAGCGGAUCUUCCCAGGCGUCCGUGGCCGAGUUGUCGACUUAUGCAAACCCUCGGCACGGAAAUACGAGACCGCUGUGUCCGUCAUCCUCGGUAGGAACAUCGAUGCUGUCGUCGUCGACGAAGAGAAGACGGCCAUCGAUUGCAUCGAGUAUAUGCGCAACCAACGAGCCGGCCAGGCGACAUUCAUCCCACUCGACACAAUCCAGGUCAAGCCAGUCAAUGAUAAAUUCCGCUCCUUCGCCAGCAAAGGAGCCAGGCUCGCCAUUGAUGUAAUCGAGUACGAACCCGCGGUGGAAAGGGCAAUCCAUCACGCUUGCGGGAAUGCCUUAGUAUGUGAUACAAUGGACGUGGCUCGAUACGUGUGUUACGAGAAGGGUCAAGAGGUCAAAGCGGUGACUUUGGAAGGUACUAUCAUCCAUAAGAGCGGGUUAAUUACCGGUGGCCGCAGUACACAUGGUACUGGGAAAAAGUGGGAGGAAAAGGAUGUGCAAGGGUUGCAGCGUGUCCGUGACUCGCUCCUAUCCCAGUUGCGCGAAUUGGCCAAGAAUAAGCCCAGAGGUAAAACCGACGACACUUUGAUAGCUGAGAUCACAAGGCUGGAGAAUGCCCUCACUGUCGCCAAGGACGACCUGAGUGCCUGCAAGCUGCGACUAAACGGCAUCCGGGACGAGCUGAAACACGUUACACAAGAGCUGAAGAAGACCACUCCUGAAUUAAACAAGACUCAAGCUCAGCAUGAUUCCUUGGAAGAGAAAAUCAUAGAGCUGUCGUUCGUCGUCAAUGCAGCGGAGGACGGGGUUUUUGCAGUGUUCUGCCGUCAAAUCGGAGUCUCCAACAUUAGAGAAUACGAAGAACGACAGCUCAAGCUCACACAGGAGGAACUUGAGGCCCGUAACCGGUACGAGACCCAAAUAGCGAGAUUAGGCCAUCAGUCUCAGUUCGAGGAAGAGCAAUUGAAGGCGACAAGGGAAAGGCUUGCUACCUUGGAUGCUACCAUUCGCAACGAAGAGGUCAACUUGGUCAGGCUUGAGGCUUCGAAGGCAUCAAUACUGGAGGAGCUUAGCGAAGCCGAGUCUAGCAUAGCGUCACUCCAGGAAGAACUACAAGCUCUGAACGAAUCAUUGGAGGAGAAAACGAAGGUUGUGGACCGAGUGAAACGGACAGCUUCGAAGGCCACGAAGGCUCUGGAGCAGACCCUCAAAGAAAUUGCAUCUCACAAUGAUGAGAUCGAGAAAUUAGGAUUGGAACGAUCGGCGAUAUACCGCAAGUGUCGCCUCGAGAACGUGAACUUGCCCCUGCGGGAGGGAAACCUCAAAAAUGUACCUAUGGAGGAAAAUUUGCGGGAAGAAGUGGCUAUGGAUGUCGACGAGGAAGGCGGUGUGGAACGACCUAAGCGAGUGCCUGACUACGGUCUUGAAGUUGACUUCGAAAUCCUUGACGAAGAUGAGCGAGAAGAUGGGUCUGCCGACAAAGGCACAGAAUUGGAGGACGCGAUAUCCAAGCUCAACGAGGACAUUGAACGGAUGGCCCCCAACUUGAAGGCUGUGGACAGGCUGGAAGACGUUGAGUCGAAGUUGCUCGAGACAGAGAAGGAAGCGGAUAAGUCAAGAAAGGAGUCCAAGACAGCUCGCGAUCAGUUCAACGACGUCAAGAAGCGACGCUGUGAAUUAUUCAACAAAGCCUACAACCACAUCUCCGAAUGCAUUGAUCAAGUUUACAAGGACUUGACCAAGGGAAAAGCAGCUCCCAUGGGUGGGGUGGCAUAUCUGAGUUUGGAAGAUAGCGAGGAGCCCUAUCUAGGCGGCGUCAAGUAUCACGCUAUGCCUCCCAUGAAACGUUUCCGAGACAUGGAGCAGUUGUCUGGAGGUGAAAAGACCGUAGCUGCCUUGGCUCUUCUCUUCGCAAUUCAUAGUUAUCAACCUUCUCCUUUCUUCGUCCUCGAUGAAGUCGACGCUGCAUUGGACAACACGAAUGUUGCCAAAGUCGCCAACUAUAUCCGUUCUCAUGCUUCCGACACUUUCCAGUUUAUCGUGAUCAGUCUCAAGGGAUCCUUAUACGAGAGGGGCCAUUCUUUGGUCGGAAUAUACCGGGAUCAGGAUGUGAACAGUUCUCGCACUCUGACGUUAGACUUGACGCAAUACGAUGACUGAUGCUGGCUCUGCCCGGCUUGCAGAUAAGAUUCGCACCCAUUUAGUCCGUCCAGUGCAGGGUAUGCUCCAUGUAGCUUUAGUAUCAUAUAUCAGUAUAAUAUGUAUCGCAGAUGUGCCUUCGGUGUACGAUUGCGGGGAAUGAUAAAGGGUACAAAACGGUGAUAGCGAACGAGUGAGUGACUAGGACUGGUACACAUUAGACGAUAAGCGAGAAAAGAUGCAACGUCAAGACAUAAAUAACAACAUAAUCAAGUCGAACUCAAGGAGCAUAAAAAGUGUCGUAUGGUACCUUAGAUAUGCACAGAUCUAUGACAAGCCAGCCUGUUCGCCGAAUGUGGUUUCGCUUGCUUGUCGGAUGACCUGAGGACGUAGAUGACGAGCGGCAGCUGCUGAAAACGGAUCCUCUUCUUGGUGAUGAGGGGUGUCGGCAAAAUAGGACUGAAUUAUUGACAUAUGUCCCGGAGUUGACUGCAAGGUCGGGGGAGAGGGGAAGUCCGACAGCCCAGACAUCCGCGAGGUGCUUGAAGUACUUGUCAUGUAACUGGAACGAGUGACAGCCGAAUUAGGAAGUGCUAAGCUAGAAUGAGAGACAACCCUUUGCGUAGAGUCUGCGUUCCCCGAGAUAGGAUGUUCCUGCAUAGGGUCUCCGGCUUCACCGUCUAUCAACGACAGAUGUGCUGAUACGCGAUGAUCACUAGACACUGCGGGCGGCGUGGAGACUGCUUCGAUAACACCUAAGCGGAAUUGUGUGGUAUGGCCACCAUCCGACGAAGGUUCCAGGAUCGAGGAAGCGCGAGAUGAUUCCACAUCUUCAGGUAUGUUUAAGGCCGGCUCCAGAGUUGAUAAAUCGCCCCGGUCACUUGGUAGCCGCAGGGGUAACGUAGUGGUGUUGGGGGAAUAAGUGCUGGAACCAGCGUCGUUCUCCCGCCUGACAGAGGGAUCAAACAAAUUGUGCAGGGGACGCUGCCCCUUGAGUCCUCCAAACCGGCUGCCCCACAUGGGAGGAUGUUCAUAGCUUUCCGGGCGAUCAAACCCAGUCUCAUCUUUGAGAGCUUCCAGCUCUUCAGUCAAUCGACGAGCGAGAGUAGUGAAACCGCUGCCAGUUCGGCUUCUAGGGGAGCGAGGGGUCUCGGGAUGAGCACUAACGCUGGGUUCGCGCGACAAGACUUCUUUAAGCUUUUCACUGGACGGCGUCCUGCUAGUUUCCUUGGGGGAGGGUUUGUAGAAAAGGUCACGGAACCGCUCAAGGUCAUCUGAGCCGCCGAAACCACGCGGGGAGUACUGAAGCGAAUCCACGUCAGACAAGACGUCAGGGGAGGCUCUCCGCGGAAUAUCAGGAACAGGGGACGCGAAGAUAGGGUACUGGCUGUCCGCAGAUGACGCAAGAGUGUGAUUUGAAAAAGGUUCCGAGAGUUGCGUAUGCCGCUGAGGGAGAGUAGGUCUUCCUGCCCCGGCUUUCGAAGACUUCAACUUUUCAUCCGGUAUGGUGAGCAGUUGAUGGGAUGUCCCAGUAGCAGUACCCAGACCCGCAUGAUUUCGCAGGAUCUCUAUCCGGUCAUCGUCCCAAUCCCGCGCGGCAGCGAAACCGUGACCUUCGCUGGUACCCAGCCCACUGUCUCCGCUGCCCGUCCUCCUCAACGCGUAACUCAGCACAUCUCCCAUCGCGAGCGCAUCACUGUUGGCUCGGCUUCUAGCAGCAUAUGCAUGUUUGAAACCGCCCUCAUCUUCAGGCGGGGGCACAGUGAUACUCGCCGACGGCGAGUUCCUGAUCUCUUCCGGCAAGAUUUCGCGCACCUGCCCCGAGGGCAAUUGCGCAUACAUCCUUGACUUUCCGCCUGACCCUUCGCUAUUUUCCCUAGAAUGGCCACCUGCCGGCUGAGAACUGGUCGAAGCGUAUGGGUGAGAAUACGGGUGUAGUAUGGCGUGGGGUGGAAGUCGAUGACGGACUGACACAUCGUUGAUAUCCGCCAUUGGGAGAGUGAUGGCGACCCGCGGUGUCGUUGGAUGGGGCCCAGCGUAAUCCGACUUGGGAGGAGUGGCGCGCAUAACUUCCGAAGGCGAGAUGUUGUGUGGGUUCGAAUACAUCGCAUAGGGAUGGGCAGGGAACCUGAUUGGCUCCUGCGCACUGAAAUCCUUCGAAUGGUCGUCGGAAGGCGGAGGAGACGAGAUAGCUAGACCGACAGCUUCUGCCGGCACACCCAGACCUGACGGCGUAGGCGAGGGUGCGGGGUGAUCUUGCCGCUCUCCUCCACUGGCAGUUAUAUCAAC